AUGACUGCUUUAACGUGGUUCAUCACCGGCUGCUCUAGCGGGUUCGGCGAAAUCCUAGUACGCCAGCUCCGCGCCGCCGGCGAUAAUGUUAUAGCCACAGGUCGCAAUGCCGAUACGAAGCUUUCCCAUCUCAAAGACACUGGAGCAGUGAUUCUCGAUCUGGAUGUCACGGCGCCUGCCGCCGAAAUCCAGACCAAAAUCGGCGAAGCUUGGAAGAUUUAUCCAGGGGGCAUCGACGUUGUGGUCAAUAAUGCUGGCUUCAUCGUCAGCGGAGCGAUUGAGGAGCUAACGCAAGAAGACAUGGACUCUUCUUUUAAAGUGAAUUUCCAUGGUCCACUCAACAUCACCCGUGCUAUCCUCCCUCGUUUCAGGGCAAAGAACAAGGGUACGCUUCUAUAUGUAGGCUCUCAAGCGGCGUGGCAUGCCGAUCCCAGUGCUGGCAGCUAUUGUGCAGCCAAGUUUGCUCUAUCAGGAGCUGUCGAAUGUCUCGCCAAAGAAUUGGCCAUCUUCUCCCCUGGCGUCAAGGUUCUCAUGGUCGAUCCUGGGUACUUCCCCACCAAGGUGUUUUCCAACAUCAGUCAUGUCGAGGCCCGCAACCCCGACUAUGCUCAAUUCAAUGCUGGCGUUCGGCAGUUUGAAGCCUCGCUCGUUGGGAAAGAACCUGGUGAUGCCGACAAAGCCGUGACGCGAAUGAUUGAGCUCGUCAAGGGCACUGGAAUGGCUGCUGGGAAGCAGAUCCCUCUGCGAGUACCCUUGGGGUCGGACGGCUGGGAAAGGGUCAAAACAAAAUGCGAAGAGACGAUCAAGAUUUGCGAAGAAUGGGAGGAGGUUGCCAAAAGCACAGAUUACACGGCGGUAGAUGCGGCUGUGAACUGA